CCUCACAGAAACAACAACAACGACAUAUAGUAGUACUGAUAGAGCAGGCAGACACUCAUGAUCACUCAUUCCAAACAUCACCACUCCAGCGACAACCACAUGCCCGCUUCAGUCCAAGUGAGGAAAGCUGAUGUCGUCACCCCAUCGGAACCGACCCCUACUCAUGUCCUCCGCCUCUCCGCCUUGGACUCCCAGCUCUUCCUCCGCUUCCCCGUCGAAUAUUUGCUUGUCUACAAGGCCCCCGCCCACGGCUUGGACAGAGCCACAACCACAGCCCGCGUGAAGGCUGCACUAAGUCGAGCUUUGGUUCCAUAUUAUCCUCUGGCAGGAAGAGUCCGUGCUGUGGCCGACGGCCCGGGCCUGGAGGUUGUUUGUAGUGCCCAAGGUGCCAUAUUCGUUGAAGCAUUCUCGGAUUGUACGGCGUCGGAGUUUGAGAGAGCUCCGAGGCAUUGCAACCAGUGGAGAAAGCUCCUGUCGUCACACGUGGACGAGGUGCUCAAAGGGGCCCCGCCAUUGGCCGUGCAGCUGACGUGGCUUUCAGAUGGCGCUGCCACCUUGGGUGUGGGAUUCAGUCAUUGCUUGUGUGAUGGCAUCGGCAGCGGCGAGUUUCUCAAUUCGUUUGCGGAGUUAGCGAGUCGUGCUAAGAGUACAACCGGAGCAAAUGAGUUCAAGCCUACACCCGUCUGGGCUCGCCAUCUUAUGGACCCGAGUCCAUUCAGGAUCCUGCCUUGUACUGUAAACUCUGCGCUGAGUCACCCCGAGUUCAAGAAAGUCCCCGACUUAUGCGGCUUUGCUUCUCGAUUUAGUCAAGAACGACUCACCCCUACCUCAGUCACAUUCGACAGGAAAUGCUUAAACGAGUUAAAGAGAUUAGCAAUGCGCGCUGGUCGGCUCAGUGAGUCAUCGUACACCGCGUUCGAAGUGCUUGCGGCUCAUGUCUGGCGGAGUUGGGCCAAAUCACUCAACUUGGCUUCCAAGCAGGUGGUAAAGCUUCUCUUCAGCGUCAACAUUCGCAACCGAGUCAAGCCGAGUCUACCCAGUGGCUACUACGGCAAUGCCUUCGUACUUGGCUGUGCCGAAGUUUGCGUUAAGGACUUGAUCGAGAAGGGUCUGAGUCAUGCAACGGAGUUGGUGAAAAGAGCUAAAGAGACAGUGGACGACGGGUACGUGAGGGAUGUGGUGGAGACGGUGAGCACGAGUCGGGCAUGUCCUGACUCGGUGGGGGUGCUGAUUAUGUCCCAAUGGUCAAGGCUGGGGCUAGAGAGGGUUGACUUCGGAAUGGGUAGGCCUGUUGAGGUGGGACCGGUCUGCUGUGACAAGUACUGCAUAUUGUUACCGGUUCAUAAUCAAAGGGAUGCUGUGAAGGUCAAUUUAGCGGUCCCCACAAAUUCUGUUGACCAAUACGUCCAUCUUCUUAGGUUAGGAGCAAGAAUGCCUGAGGAGUAAGGACCAACUAAGGAGGAAGGGCUGGAUCACCGCCUUAGUUGACUAUUUGAAGAUUCUUUUUUCUUAGAUUUCUUAGCGUCGAAUCUUAUUGAUUCUGCCCAAGACGCUGACAGAGAUUUCCUCCGAUCAAUUUAGCUAAUAAGGUUAAUGACGCGUGCUAUCUUGUGCUUAAUUGCUACCAUGCUUCCUCUCCCUUUUGGGUGGAAUGGAUCAGAGAAGUCUCAUUGACGAAAAAUCUUUUAACUAUUCCCUUGCCAUUUUGAUCUAUCAAUCCAGCUUUCUAG